CUACCUCUCACACCACCCACACCUACACACAGCAGACACAGCAGGGAGCCAAUAGCAAUUCGGUGGCCUGACUAGCGUCAUGCCGGUGCCGAUAUAUGGCAGAUAUUGUGCAUCCACCAAAAGCUAUCCAGAAGCCAGAAAUAGCCCCGAUGCAGAGGAGUGGUCUGAAGUGACAGACGCACAACAUCGGACAAUGCACAACUUGGGUGUGUGCGAAGGUUCCUUACGUGAGCUGGAUGCUGAACGAGCGACUCGUGAGAGAGGAUGAGUCCUCGGGAUGAGUCCUCGAGAAGAAACCAAGGCGACCUGUCGCCAAGGGUUUUGUUGAGCAGCUCCUGCA